AUAUACAAAGUAUGGCUUCAUACAGCUUUAGCCUCUUACCCGGACCAGGCCAUCGCUUCCAACACCGAGCUCAUCAUUGAUGCUUUUGACGUGGUAGAUAGGAUGGAGUAUCCUCCCAAUGAAAAGCUUAUCGCUGGGGCUCGAGAUGGCUACGACGCUAUCAUGAUGACAGGAGCGAAAUAUUCAGCAUACGAUAAUACGCCUUGGCUCAAAGAGCUCAUUGAUUUUAUCCAUAGUGUCGCUACCACUCCUGAGACACAGCAUGUCAAAAUCGUCGGUAUCUGCUUCGGACAUCAAGUGGUCGCCAUGGCCCUCGGAGGUACCUGUGUAAAGGGGGAUAACGGUUGGGAAAUUGGAGUGUAUGAAAAUGAAGUGACCAGUGAAGGUCGAUAUUGGUGGUGCGGUGAUGUUGACGGUCAAGGUAAAGAAGAUAAAGUGUACGUGCAGCAAAUGCACAGAGAUCAAGUCCCCACCCUUCCACCUGAUUUUCACUUGCUUCUCAAAACCGAGCGUUAUCCCAUUCAUUCAAUGGUCAAAUACCACCCUUCCUCCACACCCUCACAACCUCUCGCCCAAAUACUGACUAUCCAAGGUCAUCCGGAAUACACUCCUCCUAUCGUUUCUCACAUGGUCGACGCCCGAUCUGCCUCGGGUCUAUUUGACAUCCCCACAACGACUGAAGCGCGACGUCGGCUAGGGGGGAAGGAUGGGACAGGGGGUGAGGGAUUUGGUAGAGUAGGAUGGGCUAUAUGGAGGAUGCUACUUCAGGAUCUUCCU